AUGCCGCCGAAGACGGCUUCACAGCAAGUCGGUGCUUACGACAAUGAACCUGACCUCCUAGGAGCCUCUCGGAGCAUUCAAAGCAACCUUCCCGCAGAACGGCGCACUCUCAGCGUGAAAGAAGUUGUUGGCGACAUUUUCGACGCUCCACCCAACGCCGUGCUUAUACAUGCCUGCAACUGCAUCGGUGACUGGGGUGCGGGCAUCGCCGCUGCCUUCAAAAAACACUAUCCUUCAGCCUACAAGAUUCACAGGGAAUUCUGCAAACACGGCCCAAAUGGCAAAGCCAAGAUUGCGACUGCACAGCUGAUCUCACCUACAGACGGUCAAGAACAUCGCCACUAUAUUGGCUGCCUGUUCACCAGUGUGUACUUCGGCAAGAAGAAAGACUCACCAAACGUCAUAUUGGACAACACUGGUCCAGCUAUGGAGGAUUUGCUAAAGCAGAUUGCUGAAGCAAGCAAGACGAGCGAGAUCGGCGAACUGCGCAUUUGCAAGAUCAACUCUGGGCUUUUCAAUGUGCCUUGGGAGAAUACCUUGGAGGUCUUGCAGAACAUCAAGCUGGAGCCGGGAAUGCCUACUUCUGUUACUGUUUUUGAGAGGCCGUAA